AUGAUCAUCAUUUAUACCCUAACUUUUUUCAUCAUUUUUCUGACAUACUUUUUAAGAAAGAAAUAAAAAAAAAUCAAACUUGAUUCUAAUGUAACUGUCCUAAUUACAGGGGGAUGUAUGGGUAUAGGAAAAUAAAUGUGUAAAUUAUUAGCAAUGAAAAAUUGUUAAAUUAUAGUUUUAGAUAUUAGAAAAGAUCUUGCUGAUGAUCUUAAAAAGACAAUUGAAGAAUAUGGAGGUAGAUUAUAGUUUUAUGAAUGUGAUCUCUCUUAAUAAGAUUAAAUCAUUAAAACUAUUAAUUAAAUUUAAGAACCUAUUCAUAUUUUAAUCAAUAAUGCUGGAGUUGCUAAACUACAAUUAUUUACAGAAUAAUCAUUUGAAAAUCUAUAAUUGACUCAUGCAGUUAAUUAUUUUGCUCCUGUUCUCUUAACAAAAUUACUUAUACCUAAAAUGGAAGCUUAAAAAUUUGGACAUAUUGUAAAUAUUGGAUCAGUCUUAUCAAUAAUAACAGGAUUAAAAGUAGUUGCUUAUUGUGCUUCAAAACAUGCCUUAUUGGGUUUUCAUAAUAGUUUAAGAGUUGAAUUGAAACUGAAGAAAAGUCCUGUUAAAUGUACAUUCAUUGCUCCUUGGGCUAUUAAUACAGGAAUGUUUUAAGGAGUUAAAUCUAAAAUCGAUUUUCUUCUACCAUAAUUAAAAGAAGAAAGAGUGGCAAUAGAAAUUAUUGAUGCAAUUGAAAAUUAAAAAGAUGUACAUUCUAUUCCAUCAUUUUAUUGGCUGCUAUCAAAUCUUGUAAGAUUCUUACCUCACCCCAUUGCUGAUUUUAUUGUAUUAAAAGUAUAGGGUCCUUUCAUUAAAGAAAUGAUUGGAAGAAACUAAAAUUAUUGACACAUAUAAUAUUAUUAAAUAUCGAGC